AGUUUUUGCAGUAAUAUAUCCCUGUAAAUGAUUGUACAUUUAGCAAAUUUAAGUUAAUUUAUUGAAUUAUAUUAACUUGACAAUUGUUAGUGUACUAAUUAAAUAAAUUAUGAUGUAUGUGAAAUUAUUGUAAAAUAUUGAUAAGUAAUGUAGGAAGUGUAAACAAAUCAUAAUGUAGUAGAUGGACCCUUCUGCUAGAUAGUGAUUCAUUUCAAAAUCGGUUUUUGAAAAUGAUCUAUGAGAAAGGAAAGUUUGGGAACCGCUGUUUUAAUCAUUGUUUCAUUUCCAGCUACUACCCCUCCUCCGUCAGUAACGUGCCCCGCUACAGUGUUAUUUGGUGCUUCGAACGCUGCUACGGUGCUGAAGAGUCCUAUAAACGUGUUAUACGAGAACUAUCCAGGGCUCAGUUUCAAUUGCACUUUUGGGGAUGGGUCGCCACUAGAUGCUACACAAGCUCCAUUGCAGUUGAGUCACAGUAUGAGAUUCAAAGUGGUGUGUCAAAUAAAGGAACAGAAGUUUGAAGGAUAUGGGUCUAGUAAGAAGCUAGCUAAGUUAGCAGCGGCACGUUCAGCACUCGCUGUACUAGAGGAAGGACGAGUAGAGACACCCGCUCUCAUACAAGCGUUCCACGCUGGGCUACUGUCACAAACACUAGCUGAUCACAUUGGCAAGCUGGUCAAUGAGAAAUUUAAUGACGUGAUGAAAGGUGAUCUAGUUCACUCGAAGAGAAAAGUACUAGCUGGCAUAGUUAUCACCACCAAUCAUCGCAUCGAAGGUGCCAAGGUAAUUGCUGUCACAACCGGCACGAAAUGUGUCUCCGGCGAACACAUGUCCGUGAGAGGGCGAGCCGUGAACGAUUGUCACGCUGAGGUGGCAGCGAGAAGAUGUCUCCAGCGACAUCUCUAUGCCCAACUGUUGAUGUACGCUUCUUCUACCGAUCCAACCGUUUCUAUACCGGAUUCGGACUUGGAGCCGGCGAUGGGCGGCGGUUACCAGUUGAAGCGAGACAGACAGAUACACCUGUACGUGUCUACCGCGCCUUGCGGCGACAGUCGGAUAUUCAGUCCGCACGAGCAACCGGAACCGGAACCGGACAGACAUCCCAACCGGUUAGCUCGCGGACAGCUGAGGACAAAGAUUGAAUCCGGUGAAGGGACAAUUCCUGUCAAGAAUUGUAAUAACCUGGUUCAGACUUGGGACGGCGUUAUGCAGGGCGAGCGGCUUCUAACUAUGUCGUGUUCCGAUAAAGUUGCCCGCUGGUGCGUAGUGGGCCUCCAGGGGGCGUUGCUGUCGCGAUUCAUCAAACCCGUGUACCUGCAUUCGCUAGUACUUGGCUCUUUACUACAUCACCACCAUAUGUACAGAGCUAUAUGUGGUCGCAUAGAGGCGUACAUAGCGUCUCUGCCGCCCCCCUUCGAAUUGCAACGCCCUCUGUUGGCUCGCGCGGCAAGCACUGAAGCGCGUACUCCAGCCAGAGCGCCGUCGUUCAGUGUGUGCUGGUGUUCCACCACCCCGCAACCCGAAGUAGUGAACGCGACUACAGGGAAGCUAGAGAGCGGGCAGCCGUCUUUGCUGUGCAAGCAGAGUAUGUUCGCCAGGUGGCAGUACUUGGUCAAACGUGUGUCAGCAUUGCCACAGGUAAGAUCACUUCAGGCUCACUAACUAAAUAACUGUCCUAUGAAUAAAUUAAUAAUAUUUUUUUUUUGUCACUCUAUUACUGUAUAAUCUUUUAUUCUCAUAUAACUGGUAUUUUUAACAUUAUAUUAUGGUUAUGUGUACAUCAGUUGACAUUUAUAAGUGACAUAUACAUACUGUUUGCGAUAUAUGUGAAUGAUAUUGCUGAGUGCUUUCAAUUUUAUUCGCGACUGAUA